AUGGGCGCCAAGAUCAGCAACCUUCACUCUCGCAAGACCUCGUUCGACUCGCCCGACCUUCCUUGGGAGUUACUCCAGCGCUUCCAACAUCUGGGCGAGAAGCCGGCUCUCAGGAAAGUCCGAGUCGACGACGAGGAACUCAAGCGCCGUGUCGGCUCGCGUCACUGGCCGAUCUAUCAGAUCCUCGACAGGCACCCUCUCCUGGAAGGGCUCAAAGGCUACACGCAAGACUCUCGCGUCUUCGUCAUACUCAUGUCUAGCGAUCCCGCCGACCUCGAGUAUGUGAACGACUGGACGAAGAACGAGGUCUGCCCGACGUCGCCCGAGGUCAAUCUACCCGCCCGAGGCUACGUCGAGGCGCGGGCCGGCGAUUUUAUCUUCGCUCGCGAUGCGGCAGACGGCGACGCCGAGCACGGCUUCUUUGACGUCUUUCAAGGCGCUGUCGUCGGCGAGCACCAGUUCACGGACGACAUGCGCCAGCGGUUCGACGCGCUACAGGCCGAGGUUCUAGGCCCACGCGAAGAUCGGGAUCCGGAGAAGGCGCGCAAGGUCGGCAAACCCUCUGGCGGGUUCGGCCCAAGCUACGUCGGCGGCACGCGCCUAUGUUAA